AUGAGACUUAUUUUAAAUACUUGUUUGUACUAUCAAAAAGCUUUUUAUCGUAUUAGAUCUCGUCAGAUCAAUGAUACUGUUACUAAAUUACUUAGUUUAAAAAAAGAACAAUCUAAUCAUAGAAAAGAAAAUAUAAUAAAUAAUGAUAAAAUUCUUAAAAUACCACGAGGUACUCGUGAUUAUCAUCCAAAUCAAAUGAAAAUUCGUGAUGAAGUUUUUCGUACAAUAAUCAAUUGUUUUAAACAACAUGGUGCUGAUACAAUCGAUACACCAGUUAUUGAAUUAACUACACUUCUUAAAGAAAAAUAUGGUGAAGAUUCUAAACUUAUCUAUGAAUUAAAAGAUCAAGAUAAUGAAGAAACAUUAGCUUUACGUUAUGAUUUAACUGUACCAUUUGCACGUUAUAUAUCACAAAAUAAAAUUUCUACUAUGAAACGUUAUCAUAUAGGAAAAGUUUAUCGACUUGAUAGUCCAAAAAUGACACGUGGUCGUUAUCGUGAAUUUUAUCAAUGUGAUUUUGAUAUUGCUGGAAAUUAUGAUUCAAUGAUACCUGAUGCCGAAUGUGUUAAAAUUAUUGCAGAAAUUCUUGAUAAACUUGCUUUAGGACAAUAUAAAAUUUAUAUCAAUCAUCGUAAAUUACUCGAUGCUAUAUUUACUGUAUGUGGUGUACCAGAUAAACUUUUUCGUUCAUUAAGUUCAACUGUUGAUAAACUUGAUAAAAAUUCUUGGGAGGUUGUUCGAAAUGAAAUGAUAAAUGAAAAAGGUUUAUCACCGGAAGUAGUCGAUAAAAUAAGUCGAUAUGUUCACAUGCAUGGCAACGUGAAUCUAAUUGAACAACUUCGAAAUGAUCCACAAUUAUCUUCCGAAAAAUUAGCUAUUGAAGCUCUAAAUGAUCUUGAAUUAUUAUUUCGUUAUCUAACAUUAUUUAACGUUAUGGAUAAAGUUAUAUUUGAUUUAAAAUUAGCUCGUGGUUUAGAUUAUUAUACAGGUGUUAUAUUUGAAGCUGUUCUUACACAAUAUCAAUAUAAUUCACAAUUAGAUGAUGAUCAAGUAGCUGUUGGAAGUGUUGCUGGUGGUGGAAGAUAUGAUGAACUUGUAGAAAAAAUUGAUCCUAAACAAAGACGUGUACCUUGUAUUGGUGUAAGCAUUGGUGUUGAAAGAAUAUUUACUAUAAAAGAACAUCAAUUAACACAAUCAAAAAUUCAAUCAAAAACAAUUGAAACUGAAGUUUAUGUAGCGUCAGCAGAAAAAAAUUUCUUAGAAGAACGAAUGAAAUUAUGUACUUAUCUAUGGGAAAAUGGCUUUAAAACAGAAAUGGCAUAUAAAUAUAAUCCAAAAUUACUUGAUCAAUUACAAUAUUGUGAAAAAAAUCAAAUUGAAUUAUGUGUUAUUAUUGGUAGUUCAGAAUUAGAAGGUGGUACAAUAAAAAUUCGUGAUGUUAUCACACGAAAUGAGUUUGUAAUUCCACGAGAACAAUUAGCUGAUGAAAUACAUAUUCAUUUGAAGAAAGUUCGACAACGAUUAGCAGAAAAUAAACAGCAAUAG